AUGCGUAUUGCUGAAAAUCCAUUCUCGACACCUCGUUAUUUCAUUCCUCAUUUGCCAGUUAUUCGAGAAGACAGCUCAACAACGAAGCUCAGAGUUGUUUUCAAUGCUUCUGCAAAGAAUAAAACUGGAGUCUCGCUCAACGACAUGCUACUAAAUGAUGUAUCGUCAGAUCGUCGUAGCGAAGAUGAUCGAAAAUAUCAAUCAAUUCUUUGGCGAUUUGAUAUCAAAGAUGAGAUUCAAGUCUUUGAAUUGAACACACUCACGUACGGUACCGCACCAGCAGCAUAUAUCGCUACAGAGUGCCUGAAGGAGACAGCCGAAGACGCUCCUCCAGAACGUCCUGAUGUAAUCGAAGCCAUCGAGGAUGAAUUUUGGUUGGACAACGAACUCUCUGGCGACUCAUCGGUUGAGAAAGCGAUAUUGAAAGCUCAACUUAUUCGCGACACGCUCAUGAAAGCCCAUUUUCCAUUGCGGAAAUAUGUUUCAAACUCGAAAGAGUUCCUCAAUGCUCUACCUCCUGAUAAGGUAGAAAGCUUGAAACCUGUCUCGUUCUCGUCAUCCGGUGCUGCGAAAAUUCUUGGGUUGCAAUGGCAUCCUGAAGAAGACCAGUUCCUGAUCAACUUCAAAGCAGCUGACAUCUCAACUACUUGUCUCACAAAACGAGUAGUAUCGUCACUUAUCGCCAGUGUCUACGACCCGCUUGGAUUUGUGAAUCCAAUUUUAAUCCGUGGAAAAAUCCUUCUCCAGGAUUUGUGGCGGGAAAAGAUGGAAUGGGACGAUCCCAUCCCAGAAAAAAUCGAUCAAUUGUUCCGAGAAUAUUACGCAGAUCUUGGAAAAUUACACUCAAUUCGAGUUCUUAGACCAUAUUCAACUUUCCUACCUGAAGAGAUUCAGCUCAUUGGGUUCAGCGAUGCUAGCGAAAAAGCAUAUGGAGCAGUUGUUUAUGUUCGAAGUUCGAAUUCAUCAUCGGUUGCUGUUUCACUCGUUUGCUCGAAAUCGAAAGUCGCUCCAAUCAAGGAGUCUUCGAAAAACAAAGACGUCACAAAUAUCACGAUUCCUCGUCUCGAACUACUCGGUACAGUGCUACUGUGCAAACUUAUCUCCAGUGUAGCUGAUGCACUGAAGUACGAUGUCUCGAAAGCAAAGGUCUACUGCGACUCAGAGAUCGUUUUGGCAUGGCUCAAAGGUCCUGCUUCGAAACACGAAGUAUUAGUUCGAAAUCGUGUUGAAUAUGUUACCUCGAUUCUUCCAUACAACUGCUGGAGUUAUGUAAACACGAAGGAAAACCCAGCAGAUCUCGUUACGCGCGGUGUUACAGUAGAUACCCUCGCUAAUAAUCAACUAUGGUUACACGGACCGCCAUGGUUGAAGAAUGAGCUCAAUCCUACGGAGCCUUUGCCAGUCUCGCUCGCCAUAGUUACUGUCAAACCUGACGAAUCGCACAUAACGCUUUACUCAUCGUUUGAUAAGCUCGUUCGAAUUACUACUCUGGUGAAAACAUUCAUCACUCGUUUACGCUCGAAGUCAAAGGCUCACAAGAUUGUCGCCUGUCAAACAAUCUACAAUCUUUAUCGAGUAUCUCAACUUGCUUGGUUCUCUGCUGAGAUCGAUGCGCUCAAGAAUGGCAAACCAGUUCAUUCAAAAAGUCAACUUGCUUCACUCGAUCCUCGAAUUGAUACUCAUGGAGUACUCAGAGUUGGAGGCCGCCUACGUAAUAGCCAGCUUCCGGAUUGUGUAAAAUAUCCCGUAAUUUUGCACUCAAAGUCAGAGCUAGCUAAGCUGCUGGUCAGACACACGCACGAAGUUUAUCAACACGCUACUCAAAGCCUGACUCGCACCUCGAUCAUUCGAAAGUACUGGAUCGUAGGUGGUUUGCAGAAUCUCGUCACAAAUGUGCUCGAUGAAUGCGUAUGGUGUGUACGUAUGAAAGCGGAUCCUGUGUCUCAAAUUAUGGGUGAUCUUCCGCUAGAACGAACAUUAAUAGCUCGUCCGUUCACCAACGCCAGUGUGGACUUUGCUGGUCCCUUUACAAUACGUUGUACGAAUCAUCGCACCUCGAAAUACCUAAAGCACUAUGCAGCUUUUUUUGUGUGCAUGGUUACUCGCGCUGUACACCUCGAAUCCGUCGCUGACCUCAGCACCGAGUCCUUUAUUGCUGCCUUCCAGCGUUUCAGCGCGCGUCGUGGUUUUCCUGCCGUUAUGAUGUCCGAUAAUGGCACCAAUUUCGUUGGCACGAAGAAUUUCCUCGAUAAAAAUCAUCCUACGCUCGAAAUCGAGUGGAAAUUCAUACCUCCUAAAUCUCCGCAUCACGGAGGAGUUUGGGAAUCCGCUGUGAAGGCAGGCAAAAAGUACCUACUCUCGAUUACGAAAACAUCGAUUCAAACUGAAGAUCAAUUCAAGACGACACUCGCUAUGAUCGAAGCGAUUAUGAAUUCGCGACCUUUGUAUCAAAGAAGGAUCGUGAAAAACAUCGAUGAUAUCGACGUGAUUACUCCAGGCGAAUUCCUAAUCGGCUCUCAUCUGCUCGAACCUAAUCCAAAGGGUAUUAUACCUGACUCUUUAUUCGAUCUUCUCGAAAAUCAACGACUAAUAAUUGCUACAUUUUGGCAAAAAUGGCGUAGCAGUUAUUUGGCUCAACUCCAAACUCGAUCUAAGUGGAAGCGCUGCUCUCCAAAUCUCAAAAUUGGAGACAUCGUGAUAAUAAAGGAAAAUUCCUCGCCUUGCAAUUGGCCCUUGGCUCGUAUCAUCGAAGGGAAGCCUGAUCCUAAAGGGCAUUUGCGAGUUGUCACGGUUAAAUCGAAGGGAUCGACGUUCAAACGGUCAGUCCAACAGUUGGUUAAACUUCCAAUAGAAACUGACGAAGAACAGAAGCUGUUCUCUUUCUGA